AUGCCCCCCGCCGCGCCGGACCCCGACGCCGCCGACCCGCCGCCGCGCGGAUCCGCCGACAUCGCCGGCAACACAUGGGACCUCGCCCCCUUCUCCCCUCGCGGCGCCGAGGCCUACAUCUACCGCAACGUCUACAACCUCGUCCCGCGCUCCAUCGGAGGGGAGACGGGCCUCAGGGCGCUCAAGUUCUUCGGCAACGACGUCGAGGUGCUGCCCGCGGAGGCGGCCGACCUCGACGGGCUCCACAGCCUGCAGGUCAAGGUCUCCGCGCCCAGGGUCUCCGGGGCCGUGCUCAGGCGGAUGCGCGCGCUCAGGGAGCUCGAGCUCUCCAUGGUGCCGCCCAGGCCAUCGGCGUGCUCCAUACUGGUUGAGAUCGCGGGGCUCAAGUGCCUCACCAAGCUCACCAUCUGCCACUUCUCCAUCAGGUUCCUCCCCCCUGAGAUAGCCUCCCUCAAGAAACUCCAAGAACUCGAUCUGUCUUUCAACAAGCUGAAGAACUUGCCUAACUGUAUAACCGAGUUGGGUGCCCUGAGAUUCCUCAAAGUGACCAAUAAUAAGUUGGUAGAGUUACCCUCAGGAAUCUCUUCUUUGAGAUGUCUCGAAAGCCUUGACUUAUCAAACAACAGACUGACUUCCCUUGGAUCGGUCAAACUUGUUUCUAUGCUUACACUGCAGUAUCUAAAUCUUCAGUUUAAUAGGAUUUCCCAUUCUUUUAUGGUCCCCUCUUGGGUAUGCUGCGACAUGAGGGAAAAUGGUGAAAAUGCUUUGAAGAGGGACAAGCUACAACGUCUAGGUAUUGCAACCAGCAGCAGUUCGGCAGAACCUAGAACUGCCAGUCGCACUUGCAAUGGUCUGCUCUUAUGCUCACCCACAGAAACGUCCGCAAAUUUAAAAGCUCAUACCAUACAGAAAACAAAGAAGGGCUGGAAGCGACGGGAUUGCCUGCAACAGCAGGCUCGCCAGGAGCGCUUAGAGUCCAGCAGGAGCAGGCUCACUGAAAGUGACAUUGAUGAAAUGGCUGUGAACAUGACUGAAGAUGAAUGCCUUUCUAGUGUCCAUGAUAUGGAAAACAAGCCAGUGAUGAAAGACAUUGCUGAAGAAAGUUCAGCACAGGAUCUGAAGGACACAAGUUCUAUAUCUGAAGACCUAUCUUGCAUAGUCGAUUAUGACUUGGAUGGGAUUGUUAAAGAUAGUGGCAUGAUGCUUCAGGACCAAUAUGACGAUGAAAAGACUGGGAUAAAUAUGAGAGGUUGCGAUGAAAGCAAUUCUGGUAUCAGCGCCGAGCCUGCUUGUUUGAGCAGGAGCAACAUUCGUAGUAUUGAGGAUGAACUUGAGGAUACUGCUUCAUCAAAAUGCAAUCCUGUUGAAGUUGUUCAGGAGAACCUUACAGAGGUAUCUAAAUUAACAUCAAAAUCUAAAAGGCAUCCUGAUAUGGACAGCAAUCCUAAGCCCAGCAAAUGCCCGAGACCAUUUGAUGAAUGUGCAAAGUUAUCUUAUAAGUACAGCGUGGAGUCAUUUUGCAGCAUAGAUGACCAUCUACCAGAUGGAUUUUAUGAUGCGGGGCGAGAUAUGCCCUUCAUGCCAUUGGAGGAGUACGAACGCAGUCUCGGACUACAUGCGCGUGAAGUUAUUCUGUUGGACAGAGAACAAGAUGAAGAAUUGGACGCAAUUGCUUCUUCAGCCCAGCUAUUGUUAUCCAGUUUGAAGAGGCCAAACUAUUCUGAAACAGAUGAAGAUGCAGGCCAGGACUUACUAAGGGCGUCAGUUCUUGCGCUGUUUGUCUCUGAUUGUUUUGGAGGCUGUGAUCGAAGUGCUUCUCUUAGGAGAACAAGGGGAGCUAUUGUUAGCUUGAGGAAGGAGCAACCGUUCAUUUGUACUUGUGCUGCUGGUAGCAUAUGUGAUAGCAAUGAGGCAUCAAAACAGGUCAAUACUCCUUCAGGGCACUUUGAUUUUUCUGGUCUCUGUCAUAAAUCGAUACAUAUCAUCAAGGAAAGGAGAAAUUCAGGCGUUGUACCGAUAGGGGCACUGCAGUUCGGUGUUUGUAGGCACCGAGCUGUCCUAAUGAAGUACUUGUGUGACCGGGCAGAUCCUCCAAUUCCUUGUGAGCUUGUGAGGGGGCAUCUUGACUACACACCUCAUGCAUGGAAUGUUGUCCCUGUUAGACAAGGGAACGACUGGGUAAGGAUGAUUGUUGACGCGUGUUACCCCACAAACAUAAAGGAAGAGAUGGAUCCAGAGUACUUUUGCAGGUAUGUUCCGCUCAGCCGACUCCACGUCGCACUUGAUGAUACAGCUCGGUCUUCGUUCCCUUCAGUCUCACUUUGUGAAGAAAUAGAAGCUACUUCUUCAAGUGCUGUCUACCACUGCAAAAUUGGUUCUGUUGAUGCUGCAGCAAAGGUACGGUACCUAGAUACCCGUAGUGCUUCAAAUGAUGAAGUUAAAACAUUUGAAUACAAGCUUCUUGGGGAAGUAAGAAUGCUUAAUGCCCUAAGGAAGCACAGAUCCAUAGUGGACAUAUACGGUCACCAAUUUUCUUCUAAAUGGGUUCAAGACGAUAGUGAUAAAGAGUACAGGAUCAUGCAGUCUGUAAUCUUAAUGGAAUAUGUGAAAGGAGGUUCUCUGAAGGGUUAUUUGACAAAAUUACUGAAAGAGGGCAAGAAACAUGUACCUGUGGAUCUGGCAUGUUACAUUGCCCGAGAAGUUGCUUGUGCCUUAUUGGAGAUGCACAGAAAGCUAGUUAUUCACCGGGAUAUAAAAAGUGAGAAUGUUUUGGUUGAUCUGGAUUCGAAGAGUCAUGGCACACCAGUAGUCAAACUCUCUGAUUUUGACAGAUCCAUUCCUUUGCAUUCUCAAUCCCAUACAUGCUGUAUAGCUCACCUUGGCACAUAUCCACCCAAUGUUUGUGUUGGGACACCUUGUUGGAUGGCCCCGGAGGUUCUUCAGGCCAUGCAUGAGAAAACUCAAUAUGGGCUGGAAGUAGAUAUCUGGUCAUUUGGGUGUUUUAUAUUUGAGAUGCUCACACUUCAUAGACCCUACCAGGGACUACCAGAUUCAGAAAUAUAUGAUCUCAUAAAGAGGAAGAAACAGAGGCCAAGGCUAACUAAAGAAUUAGAAGCGUUCUGGACAAUGGACGAGCCAAUCACGCGGCUGAAGUUGGGGAUCACAUCUGAUGCUCAUUCAGAGAAACUAAGAUUUCUAAUUGAUCUCUUCUACCAGUGCACCAGAGGAUCUGCAUCUAGGCGCCCCAAAGCUGAGCAAAUUUACAAUUCGCUUUGCUCCUUGCCCACAUGCUAUGACCUGAGCUGAACCUAUGGAUCCUGAAUCGGACACUUGAUAGCGAGGCAGCCUGGUGGUGGAUCAGCCUAGGUCAGGGCAGGUUAAACUGGACGGUUAUAGCAGGUCACUGGAUCUGGCCAACUUCGACUGCUUCGAAGUUCUAACCCGUUUGCUCCACAUUUUACUGAUAUUGGUCUUCGGGUGGGAGGCAAAGACGGGGCACGAGAAGUCAAACCAAGGUGAUGCAGCUUUGGUCGCUGAAGCUCCUCCUGGGUCAGUUUUGUAGCUGCACCGCGUCCCGUCUCACCUGUUGUAGCAGUCUUCAUCUCAUCAUGUUUGUAUCAUUGUACGUGUAUGUAGAUUUGUUUCUUCAUCAUCUCCAAUUUUCCAUUAUUUAUGAUUUAACGGUGUCUAAGUUAACAAUUUAGGUCAUUCAGAGCCCAAGGCAUUGCCGAACAGGGCUUGUUUUUUAUGUAUCUGUGUAUGUACAAUUGUUGAUCCGCGGUUGGUCCAUGUAACCCUUGAAUGCUGAGUUGUGUAACACGGGAACUGAUACUAUUUAUUUGUUCAAUUAAGACUGUGGUAUGAUGUCACAUGUUUCUGCCA